UACAAAUGUUUCAAUAUGGCGAUUUAUUGUUUUUGGCAAAGGGUUGUCAUCGAUGGUCUCUUCACAUCACCUCUGUAUUACCAUUUUCAAAGUCCACAUACAAAAAGAGUAACGAUUGGAAAUAAUUAUUUUUAUUUUAUAAAAAAUAGGAAUCAUGGCAGAUCUUUCCGCCCCUCCUCCUUCAUAUGAUGAAGUUAUGCGUGAAGAAGCCCAAUUAUUAUCACAAGGAAACAUAGAACCUCAAUCUUCUCAACAAAAUUAUGCCGCUCCGUCUUCAACUCCACAAUUACCGUAUCGUCCAUCGCAUUCUUCCAAUACAUCCCAAACGAGUCUUCGCCCUCCUCAUCGACCUUCCCAUGCAACAUCCUCUAGCCACCAUAGCGACUCAUCGGCAUAUCAUUCUUCCGCUAAUCAAGAUCCGCUUGGAACUGGAAAGCCAUACUUUCCGAGUCAUUCCUCCUAUUCCUCAUCGCCUUUACCACAAAACAAUUCCGUGAAUAGCCCAUACCCAUACCCUCCUGGUUACUUUUGCCGAAAAUGCAACAAUACUGGAUAUAAAUUCGGUGGCCGUCCUUGUGGCAGAUGUGCCCGUCGAUUUGGACACUCCUUUGAUGUUCAACCCAUCAGUUUUGGACGGCCUCCACCAAAUGCUUUGGUAGUUCAGCCUGGUGAUCCUCGGAUUCCUGGGCGACUCUGUGGAAACUGUAAAGGUGUAGGCCAGAUUGACUAUUUAAUUUUUACUGAAAUUUGUCCUGUGUGCAAUGGAAUUGGAAAAAUUCCUUAAAAAUAAUGUCUUUGGUUACGUAAAUAUUUCCCUUUCUUACAUUUACACAUAGGUUGCUACAGCUUCACUUAUUCUUUGCUGGGUUGGAAUUGGAUUGGUAGAAAUAAGCUUUUUCUUCGCGGAUAACGAAAAAGAGUAUUGUAUUCGAAGGAAAAGCUUAAGGAUUUCUAUACUCUGUUUCCGGCAUAAGAGAAAAGUCUCUUUUUGGGUAAAGUCUUAAACUAACAUCCGUCUACAAAUACACUUCAUAAAUGUUUGCUUGCUUCAUUGAGCAGAUGAUAAAGAUAAAGCGUCUAAUGAUUGAUUAGAAUGGUUCUGUAUGAUACAUAAAUUCCUUUAUGUAUGGCGCUUCUGUUUUCCUGUAUAUCUAGCCCAAGUUGAAAGGACUCUAUGAUUUUUAGAAAAAAUGUUCGAGCCUUUUGUUUUUUUUAGUUUUUUAAUUUUUUUUUGCACUUGUGAUUUUAACAAUGAUGGUAUGCUGUUAAAUAAUGAAUAUCAACUUUGCUAGCUGAGCUCAAGUUAUACGCGUCUUUCAAAGCCUAAGCACCAGCCUAGUAUUAAUAAUAUGGAAUACGAUGUCUAUUGUAUUAGUUGCUAAAAUUUAA